CGAUAUUCCCAAAAAAUAACCUGGAUAUAUUUGGAGGAAGAGCCACGAGGAAUUUUGAAAACAAGAUAGAAGAUCAGUGACUUAGAAGAUGUCUUCUUUAAGACGUUUUGAAGUGGUGGAAGGACAAUUUGACGAUAUAGAUGAGCAACUGAAAGUAAAUGGAAUCAACCGUCAGUUCUUCGAUGUUGACGAACGCCAUUCCAAGUGUAGUAAUGAUGUCGAUGAUGAAGCAGUCGAUGAUGAUUAUGAUGACGAUUUUGAAGAUGAUGAUGACAUGUAUGACUGGGAUGGAUGUACUGGAAAUUUUACAAAAAAAUACAAUGCUGUUCAGUCCCACUCAUCACGGCCUAAUGUUAACCCGCCAAAACUGCAACAACAAAAAAAGACAGCAUUUCAACCAGCUGAAAAAACAUUAAGUAAAUUUGUGGAUAGAAUUAAUGUAGAGAAAUAUGAAGGUCCAGUUUUACCAAAUGCAGCAGCAUCAGCUUUGGUUCAUGCCGGGAAGAAAAUGGAAAGUGAAAGAGUAAAAUCUAAGGAUAAGAAGGACCGUGCUACGGCCGAGCAGGUGAUGGAUCCCAGGACAAGGAUGAUCCUAUUCAAGUUCCUUCAGCGAGGCCUCAUUGCUGAGAUCAAUGGCUGUAUUAGUACAGGGAAAGAAGCCAAUGUUUAUCACGCAACAACACACAACCAAGGGGACAGAGCUAUAAAGGUAUAUAAAACUUCCAUCCUUGUGUUUAAAGAUAGAGACAAAUAUGUGACAGGGGAAUUCAGAUUUCGUCAUGGUUAUUGUAAACACAAUCCAAGGAAAAUGGUGAGGACCUGGGCAGAGAAAGAAAUGAGGAAUUUAACCAGAAUGUAUCAGGCAGGCCUACCUUGUCCAGAACCAAUAUUUCUCAGAAGUCAUGUGCUGGUCAUGGGAUUCAUUGGUACAGAUGGCUGGCCUGCACCUUUAUUGAAGGACUGUGAUAUUUCAGAAGCCAAGGCCCGAGAACUUUACCUUGAGUGCAUACACAUCAUCCGCACUUUGUACCAUACCUGUAGACUGAUUCAUGCAGAUCUCAGUGAAUUCAAUCUACUGUAUCAUAAUGGAGGGAUGUAUGUGAUUGAUGUCUCCCAGUCAGUGGAACAUGACCACCCAUGUGCCUUGGAAUUCCUGAGGAAGGAUUGUACAAACAUAACAGAGUUCUUCAAGAAAAAGAAUGUAAGUACACUGACAGUGAAGGAGCUGUUUGAUUUUGUUACGGAUGCCACCAUUACUGAGGACAACAUUGAUCUUUAUCUGGAGAAAGCCAUGACCUUGUCGUCACAGAGGACCACAGAAGACAUCACUGACCAGCAGAAGAUCGAUGAGGAGGUUUUCAAGCACUCCUUCAUCCCUCGAAAUCUGGAUGAAGUGAUCGACUUUGAGCGUGAUGUUAUUUUAGCUAAGGAUGGACAGACAGAAGGGAUGCUUUACCACACGCUCACAGGUUUACAAGAAAAUCUGGAGGGAAUUAGAACUACAACAAUGAUUUCGUGGAUAUGGACACAGAUAAAGAAGCACAGGAGAAAAUUUAUAUACGGUGGAAUGUUUAUUGGUGGUGUGUAUAUGGCUUAUAGAUAUGCACACAGGAGAAUGAAAGAAAUACAAGAAAAAGAAGCCAAUGAAUGUUUAACCCAUGCCAGGAGGCAACAUCAUUUUGAUAGCAAUCAGAGAACAUGUAAUAUGACAGUUCUGUCCAUGGUGCCCAACUUGAGGGAAAUAUUACAACAGAUGUUCGACACAGAGUCUAUAACAGAAAUCCUAAAAUCUAACCCCAGCAACAAGUUAGAGUUAUGGGAAGAACUAAAGAUCUUGAGUGUGACAAGGAUGGUGUGUGUGAUCUAUGCUUGCAGUAUGAUGUCUCUGCUGAUCAGAGUCCAGCUGAAUGUAAUAGGUGGAUACAUUUAUCUACAGAAUAAUAACAGCUCUGCACAGGAUAAAGAGCGACCUGAAAGCUUGCCUUUUCAGCAAGGCACACCAAUCAUACCAAAACCAGUCCAGGAGAGGUAUCUGUCAGAGAUCAAAUACCUCAUGGAUAAAGGUAUCUGUCAGCUUGGUGAACUUAUCAAGUCAGCAGUGAAAAAAGAAAUUUCAAGCAUCUCCCUCAAGGAGCAGCUGACCCUUCACAAUGUGGAGUCUUGUCUAGAACACAUCAGAGAGAGGCUGGAGACCAGCCCUGAAAUCUCCAGUCUUUCUUCUCCAACUCUACAGCUCUGUCCUUACAUGUUUCCUCCAGAGAACUCUUCUUUCACUGUACAUCAGGGUACAGAUGAUGAAAUGUAUGAAUGUUUGAUGCAAGAAACUAGAGAUAUUUUAGAAAGUGCUGACUUUCACACUGUGCUGAAAACAUGUUUGGAUAGAGGGUUUCAGAAAUUGCUAGAUUUACUUGCUGACAGCUACAAGACAAACUUACAGACCAGUGAUUUAAACAACAGUCAUAACACAGAUUAUCUACAAGGAGGAAUACCCAUGGCUAAGUUGAUUCCAAUUUUCAAUGGCAGUCUGUACAAACUUGGCAGUGAUGCACCUAAUCCACUCAUGCAGGAAUUACUGCUAUUGGAAUCUGCAAAGACAUUGGCUGCCAAUGUUUAUGAAGCUUUCAGCCAACUUCCUCCGUGAAGAGUUAUGAAAAACCAUUGUGAUUGAAAUUAUUCUGCAAGCACAUAUUACCAGCUGGUGUUCACUUAUAUACUGUUACAUUGUAUAUAAAACAAAUCCAUCAGUUACAACAGUAGGCUUGUGUUUCGUGAAUUGUGCACCGAGAAUAUUUAUAUGUGUUAAUUAUAAGAAAAAUCUUAAAAGAGUACUAGUACUUGUUUAUUUAAUGUACAUGUAAUUUCAUUUCCCUCAUUAGUAUAAAACUGACACCAAUGAA